AUGAAAACAUAUUUGUUUCAAUGGGGUGGCUGUUUGCCACCAUUUCACAAAUAUGCAGUUUUCCUUCUUUGUGGUUUUGAGCUUGUCGUUUCCGCCAUGUCAAUGGCUGUGGCGCAAAAGUAUUACGAAUUAUGUACAAUAUUAUUUCCAAUAGCAAUGUACAUGUUCGACGACACUAAACGGAAAGAAAUUGAAGGAUUCGUUUGGACUAACAAAGAGCGACAAAUCCUGCAAAAUCAUGAGCAAAAGUUGCUGCUAUUAUGGUGCACAUCAACGGCAGCGAUAUUUAUAGCAAUGUUAUUAAUUAUGCCAUUUUUCUUUAGAUUUAAAAAACCAAAAGAAACUCAAGAGCGAAUAUUACGCUUACUGAUAAUGUAUAUAUUAGCAGCCCUAUUUAUCAUUAUAGUAUCACUGAAUGGUAUAACAUUGAUAUGGCUCUAUCUAACGUCACCAGCUGAUAAUAAAUUAUUUUAUGAAUUAUUUGAAAAUUCGGUAAAGGAAGAAAUAUUCUUGACCGAAAUUGAAAAAGGACUUGAUUGCAUUUCGGAUGAUGAUAAGGAACUUGAUCCAACUGUUCUAAUCGUUGUACAAAAGAUAAUUGAUAUUAGAAGAAGUGAAAAUGAGGAAACAAAAUGA